AUGGGUGCGCUUAAGUACGUUGAGGAACUUCAGAAGAAGAAGCAGUCCGAUGUGCUGCGCUUCCUGCUCCGCGUUCGCUGCUGGGAGCUCCGCCAGCUGAACGUCAUCCACCGCGCCUCGCGCCCCUCCCGCCCCGACAAGGCUCGCCGCCUCGGAUACAAGGCCAAGCAGGGCUAUGUCAUCUACCGCGUCCGCGUCCGCCGCGGUGGCCGCAAGAGGCCCGUCCCCAAGGGUGCCACCUACGGCAAGCCCACCAACCAGGGUGUCAACCAGCUGAAGUACCAGCGCUCCCUCCGCUCCACUGCUGAGGAGCGUGUUGGCCGCCGCUGCGCCAACCUGCGCGUCCUCAACUCCUACUGGAUCAACCAGGACUCGACCUACAAGUACUACGAGGUCAUCCUUGUCGACCCCCAGCACAAGGCGAUCCGCCGCGAUCCCCGCAUCAACUGGAUCGUCAAGCCCGUCCACAAGCACCGCGAGGCUCGUGGUCUUACCGCCACCGGCAAGAAGAGCCGUGGUAUCAACAAGGGCCACAAGUACAACAAGACCACCGCUGGUCGCCGCAAGACCUGGAAGCGUCACAACACCCUGUCCCUCUGGCGCUACAGGUAA